AUGCCCUAUUACAACAUCGAUGAAGACCCUUACUACAAGUAUAUUCUCAAUGGUGGCAACGCAUCCUCGUCGGAUUCGUGGGAAUCUUCAAGUGGUGCCUAUAGCUCGCAGGUUGGUAGGGGUAAUUUGAACUUCGCCAAUCACUCGAGUCCCUAUGGCGCGACACCAGCACCAGCUUCGACUGAAGAUGACGAUGAAUUUGGUGAGCUCGAGAUCCCUGCGGAGGGCUUCGGUGAGCCUCAGACGAUCGAGGAAAUGCAGCGUCCACGCCAAAAAGCGAAAACCACUUCUCAAGAGGAUGGCCAUAUCUUUCCAAGCACCGAGACAGAUACCACUUCAGCCGUCCAGCAGCUGCAGAAGGAUCUUAACGCUGCUCGCACUGAGAAUGCCAAUCUGCGCAGCCAGGUUAGUGCUACUCCGAAGCCAUGGCCAACAAACUACCAAGAGCUUCCCCUCAUAGAUCCAAUUCGUCUUGAGAUUGAGGGCAUGCUUAAUCAGGCAAGAAAACAUUUCGACACACUGGAUGGAAACGCCAAUUACUAUAAGAAUGAAUUGGACCAGGCUCUUGCCGCCAAUACGAAUCUUCGAGGUCAGCUCGACGACCUGAACUCUGCACCAAAUCCAUUGCAGGGACAGUACAAUCAGACUCUUGACACCAAUCGACGUCUUCAAGGCACGAUUGAUCAUAUGAACUCUGCACUAAACCAAUUGCAGGGACAAUUGAGCGAAGCUGUCGCGGCCAAUCGACGAUUUCAAGGUACGAUUGACUUCUUGAACUCUGUACUGAACCCAUUGCAAGCCGAUUUGAACCAGGUCAUUGCCGCCAAUCGAGGCCUCCAGAGCGAGAUUGACUCUUUGAAGGCAGCUCACAAUCCAUUGCAGACACAGCUUAACGCGGCUGUUGCGACUAAUGGACGACUACAAGGGGAGAUUAACUCCUUGAACUCCGCUGCCACUAAUCCAUUGGCUGGCGAUCUCAAGAGCAAGAACGAUGAGAUUGAGGAUCUACGGCAGCAGACUAAGACACUCACCGGCUCUGAAAGCCACUUCAAGAGUCGAGCUGAGGAGAUCGAGCUGAAGCUGAGUCAAGCCAUUAUCCACAUCGAUGAGAUGAAGCUAGCCGCCGAGAACGAUAAUAUCGCCGCCAACAAUAAUCUCAAGGCGAAGCAGAAGAUUUUGGACGCCACUGAACGGAAGCUCAGAGCUGCGACUCGGAAGCUGGAGGUGCACAAGCCUUUGGCAGAGAAGGAGUUCAAGCUUGAGGAAGAACUGAGAGAAGCUCGGGCUGAGAACAAGCAGUUGACCCGCGAAAAGUUCAAUUUGAUCAAGGAGGCUGACGAGAGAAUCAAGCUCCUUUGUGAUGCCAAUUUCAACUUGAGACUCGAGCUGGGUGCACCGGGCCGCAAGGUACAGGUAGCACACGCACAAGUCGCCGCCGCUAAGUUCGAGCGUGACGCACUUGAAAUCCUCACCGCCGUCGAGAAGGAGGAGAAGGAGGAGACGAAGGAGGAAAUUACCGUCGAUCCUGUCCCAGGUGCCGGGACCGAGAAUCCAGCCAACAUCGAUCCAUCCAUCCCCACUCCAGCCGAUCUCCUUGCCGCAGCCUCUGCCUCUGUCAAGAACAGUAUCGGUCCAAAGGUGGCCUUUUCCAAGGAAGCUACGCUUCACGUUAAGCUCACGGCUGGCUUCUUCUGGCAUAAGGUCAAGCACACAGUCUUCUGGUGUACAAUGCUCUCCAUGCUUCUCCUGUGGCUCGUUAGCAAGGAUAUUGUCCACGACGAACCUCUAGUCUUUGACAACUUGGUGGAAGACCUGUUGGAGGAAGGUUCAACAUGGUACAGCCCUCAUUUUGUCGUUCCCAGUUUCGUUCUGGUCGUCGUUUGCCUCACUGCUCUGUACCAACAUGUGAUCGAACGCAAGGCCGAAGCUGAGCGUCUUGCGGUCAAGAAGGCAGAGCGAGAACUUAGUACUUUUCUACAAACUCACAGUCUGGCAGAGAAGCAGGCAGCCCGAGAGGCGAAAAAGAAGGAGCAACAGCGAAUUAUGGAACGUCGUGCACGCCAACAGUCUCAGUCCACCGUAACCUUCACCCCUCAUCAUAACAACAACUACUACUACCUCAGAGCAAGAUAUUGA